AUGAUUCGCCGGUUUGGCUCAACCGUCGUGUCGCGUAGCAGGACGCCGUCAGUGUCACUUGUCUCGGCUCCGACGCAUUCGGCCCUCCGCCAGUUUCAUAGCUUGUAUGGAAUUGCCGUCUCUCUCGUCACGUGCACGGGAUGUAUUCUCUGCUUUGGGUCAUGGGCGAACAACAUCUGCAAUGUGCGAAAAUAUGGCCGCUGGAGGUUUCGCAAUACUAUCGAUGACGCCAUCAUGGUGUCGGAUUUUAAAACUGCGCGAUACAUUGGCGGCUUCAUCGGAUUUUUAUUCUACUGGUUUGUGGUGGGACCCAAAAAGUACAGUUAUCCAAGCAACUUGGCUGAUGUGCCGGACAACAAGCGCUUUGGACCGUUUUAG